ACUCGUUGCUCUGUCUCCUUAUUCCUGCACGCUUGUUUUUCUCAGGAGUGCCCAUUUUGAACAGAAAAGCGUAUUCUUUGAACUGUGAACAUGUUCCAUGUUUCUUUCCUCGUGCACAAGUCUGCUGCUGAUUUUGCUUGUCACAGGUCAUCAGAGCAUCCCUAAUUGAAAGCUUUUAAAAGCGGGUGACAAAACACAGAACCACCUCAGGAUGUCUGUAAUUCAGCAAGGGACGGCAACACUUCGGAAAGCAAAGAAAACCACUGUAAAAACAUGCCUAGAUAACCCCUUUGUUUUCCAAUGGAAAACCAUAGAUGGAGAAGAUAUGCAUUUUAUACUAGAGACCUUAGAAGAAAGGAUUAAACAUACUGGACUUAAAAAGAUUGAGAGUCCAAGAAAGAAAAAACGUUCCCUUACAAAAAAACAAACAGAAAGAAAGUGUGAUGCUGGCACCAAUGAACUCCCUAAAGAGGAGACAGAAAGCCACCAAAAAAAACCAGGAUGGACUGACGUAAGUGUCAGAAGACAGCUUGCUAUUGGAGUUAAUGAAGUUACAAAAGCAUUGGAAAAAAAUGAACUACUUCUCUUGCUGGUGUGCAAGUCUGCCAAACCUGCCAUGAUCACGACGCACCUGAUCGAGCUGAGCGCAAGCCGCGCCACGCCGGCAGGGCAGGUGCCACGGCUCAGCGAGACCAUUGCGCCCCUUCUUGGCCUAACAUCCAUUUUAGCACUCGGCUUCAAAAAGCAGUCCGACAAAUUCACUGAAGCAAUAGCAGCAAUAAUUCCAAAGAUACCAGCUUUGGAAGUGCCCUGGUUUCAGUACAGAACUGAGGAUUCCAUGGCUUAUGCAGAUACAGAUUCUUCAGAAAACCUGGAACCCGAAGAGCUUGCAGAGGUGCUGGGGGAUGAGCUCACAAGUCAGAAGCAGAAGCAUAUGGAAAGCAAUCGGCCUGAUCUUUCAAAUGUAAUUUUGCAGCCUUUGAAAAUAAAGAAACUUGUCCCAAAUCCCGAUAAGAUAAAGAAACCGCCUCGCAAAAAGAAAAAGGCUUUUUCAGCGUAACUGAUUUUAGUUUGGUUCUUUCCAUUAAACUGAUUUUUUAAAUGCAGAAUGGAGUACAGUUCUAACUGAACAAUUCUUUUAUACUUUACAGUGUAAAGCUCUUGAAUACAAGGUGAACUUUAUGUUGCGUUUGGCUGAGGUACUUUCUGCUUUAAUAAAGAAUAUUACUGC